AUGGCCACCACUGGGAACCUUUCUGAAGAGCAGGUGCACUGCUCCAUCUGUCUGGACGUCUUCACCAACCCCGUCUCCAUCCCCUGUGGGCACAACUUCUGCCAGAGCUGUAUCCUGGGAUAUUGGAAAACCAGCCCGUUGUAUCAGUGUCCCAUGUGCAAGAAGUCCUUCCAAAAGAGGCCUGAUAUCAGUGUGAACACGGUGUUGAGGGAGAUCGCAGAGCAGUUCAAGCAGAUUAAGAUUAAGACCACAGAAGUGAAGUCAUCUCUUUCCUCUUCACCCCCACCAUCAUGGGAGGAGGUCCUGUGUGAUGUGUGCUUAGGGGAGGGCCGACCGAAAGCUGUUAAAUCCUGCCUCGUGUGUCUGACCUCCUUCUGUGAGGAGCAUCUCAAAUCUCAUGCCGCCAGGUUCACCAAGCACAAGCUGAUCGAACCUGUUGCAAAUAUGGAGGACAGAAUGUGUCCCAAGCACGAACGACUCCUGGAGCUGUUCUGUAAGAAAGAUCAGACAUGUGUGUGCGUCCUCUGCACUGAGACGGACCACAGGGCUCACUACACGGUCCCUGUGGAGAGAGAAUGGACUGAGAAAAAGGCGCAGCUGAAAAAGACAGAAAUAGAUGUCCAACAGAUGGUCGUGGACAGAAUAAAAAAGGUGGAGGAGAUCAAACACUCUGUGGAGCUCAACAAAGCCAGUGCUAGAAAAGAGAUUGAGGAAAGCAUGCAAGUCUUCUCAGAGCUGGUGCGCUCAAUCCAGAAGACCCAGGCCGAGCUGGUUUUGGUCAUUGAGGAGAAGCAAAGGCAGACAGAACGGUGGGCCGAAGGCCUCAUCACCGAACUGGAACAGGAAAUCUCGGAGCUGAAGAGGAGGCACUCAGACUUGGAAAACAUGGCUCGGACUGAUCACAUUCACUUCCUAAAGAGCUUCCCCUCCCUCUGCACGACUCCGUCUUUUAAAGACUGGUCUGAAACCAGAAUUCCCACUGACACUUGUGUUGGUUUGAUCCGAAGAUCUGUGUCCAAACUGGAGACAACACUGAAAGAAAUGCUUGACAAACUGUCUGAAAGUGAAAUCAAAAAACUUCAAAAGUAUUCAGUGGACAUCACCCUGGACCCAGACACAGCUAAUCCUUGGCUGCAGCUCUCUCAGGACAGACACCAGGUGAGGCAUCUGGGGGCAUGGCAGGACCUCCCCGACCACCCUGAGCGAUUUGACACCGUGGUCAUCGUUCUGGGUCAUGACGGCUUCACUUCAGGAAGACACUACUGGGAGGUCCAGGUGGGGGACAAGGAUGAUUGGUACUUAGGCGUGGCCAGAUCCUCUGUAAACAGGAAGGGCAGGAUUUCUGUGAGCGCAACCCAUGGCUACUGGGCUCUGGCCAUGAAGAAAGGCCAGGGGUAUCGAGUGUCAACAUCCCCACCAUUACUUCUCUCCCUUGACCCUAAGCUCAAGAAAGUGGGUGUGUAUGUGGACUGUGAGGAGGGGCAGGUCUCUUUCUACGACUUGAAAGCGCAGACCCAUAUUUACACAUUUGAAGAAACGUUCACCGAGAAGAUUCUGCCAUUCUUCUACCUGUACUGCUGCGACAAAGCCUCAGAUACCAUGGUGAUCUGUCCGGUUCAUGAGAAAAGCCUGUAG